AUGCUGUUCUGGCACAGCCAGCCCGAGCACUACUGGCCGGGGCCAGGGGAGAUGUACCCCUGCUCCGGCGGCAAUCUGCUCAGGGAAUCCCUGGCGCUGCCCUUCCUGAAGCAGGAGGAGCAGAACAACAUCUCCACGUCGGCCGAGCUGCACUGCCCGGCCUUCCAGUAUGUGCUCUGCACCCCCACCUCGCCCGCCAUCAAACAGCAUGAGGAGACCCUCACCUACCUCAACCAAGGCCAGUCCUACGAGAUCCGGAUGCUGUGCAACCCCAAGCUGGGCGACUUUUCCGAGUGCCGGAAGCUGCUGAAGAGCGUGGCCAGGGUGGUGUUUCACGACCGGCGCCUGCAGUACACAGAGCACCAGCAGCUGGAGGGAUGGAGGUGGAACCGCCCUGGUGACCGCAUCCUGGACAUUGACAUCCCCCUGUCUGUCGGGGUGCUGGAGCCACACAUCCACCCCACCCUGCUGAACACGGUGGAGUUCCUCUGGGACCCCACCAAGAGGACGUCCGUCUUCGUGCAGGUGCACUGCAUCAGCACCGAAUUCACGCUGCGCAAGAACGGGGGUGAGAAGGGCGUCCCCUUCCGCAUCCAGAUCGACACCUACAAGGCCAACGAGAAGGGCGAGCAUGUGGAUCACCUGAACUCGGCCAGCUGCCUCGUCAAAGUGUUCAAGCCCAAGGGAGCGGACAGGAAACAAAAAACUGACCGGGAGAAAAUCGAGAAACAGUCACCGCAGGAGCGAGAAAAAUACCAGCCUUCCUAUGAGAGCACGGUGCUGGCAGAGUGUGCCCCCUGGCCAGAAGCCUCCAGCAGCCCCCCGGCCACCCCCGGACUCCCCUCUCCUCACACCUUCAAACUGCUGACCCCUGAAAGGGGUUGUUCCUCGCCCAGCUGCCCCUCAGACAGCCCAGCAGAGAGCACGGCCGAGGCUCUCAGUCCCUGUGCCUCCAUCUUGGAAACCCAGCAGUGGCUGCACAAGAAUCGCUUCUCCGGUUACUGCAGGAUGUUGGCUAAUUUCACAGGAGCCGACCUGUUGAAGCUUUCCCGCAGUGACCUCAUCCAGAUCUGUGGAGCGGCUGAUGGGAUCCGGCUCUCCAAUGCGCUGAAAGCCAGGUGCGUCCGCCCUCGGCUCACCCUGUACAUGUCCAGGGAGCCCCAAGCCAACGGCAGAGACACCCCCGAGGACUCGCACCCAGCCCCAUACCAAGAGAUCUAUCUGGAAGAACUCACUGCCAUGGAACUGACCAAUAAACUGGCAGAGCUGCUCAGCCUCCCCGCCAACAAGAUCCAGCAGGUUUCCAAGCAGGGCCCGACCGGGAUUCACAUCCUCAUCAGUGACCUGAUGGUCAGGAACCUGCCAGAUGAAUCCUGUUUCGUAGCAGCUGUGACCAAAGGUAGAUGGCUUCCCUGGGAAAAGGAAAGGGUGGGGAAAACAAGCCUGUGA